UGUUGUCAAAAGUUAAUUUAUCUUAACUCACUUGUCUUUGAUGUUAUAUGUCCCGCUUUAUGUUGUUAACUCAGAUGUCGCAUACAGUAUAUUGGCUGAAGCGCCCUUCACGUUUGACCAGUCGCCCAGGGUUGAUAUGUGUUCAGAUGCAGCAAAGGCGGAAAUACUGGACGAGUGCGAAGAAGUAUUCUCUCAACUUCAAAAACUUCAGAAUAUGAUUAUAUCGUCUGACACAGAGGCCUGUGACGUUGAAAGAAGUGAAACUCCAGACUAUCUGAAUGCCCUAGCAGCAGAGCUUGACCAGUUGAAACAAAUGGAACCCAAAUUGAUAUCCACGAAUCCUGAGAUCCUGGCAGCCGUGGGCAUGGACGAGCUAAAGACACUUGACAGCCAGCUGGACAUGGUUGUGUCCUACCAAGAGACAAAGAGGGAGUCUCUCAGAGAAUCUUUAAGAAGAGAGAAACUGUGGCUGAAGGAGAAAAAGCAGGUUCUCAAUGCGGUAACUGAUCAAGUUGAGGCAGAGCGACUUGAAAACGACAAACUGUCAGAAAACAGUAAGUUGCAGGGCAUGAAGAGGAAGAUCAAGAAGAUGAAGGACUACCAGGCCACCCUGAUGGAGACUCUGAGCGAGCUGUUGGAGGAGCACUUCCCAGGCCCUAAACAAGUAAGAGCGACGACUGGGAGAAAGAAGACCACAACUGCCGAACCAGAGGUGGACCUUCUCCCACUCAGUGAAGUCCUGGAGCUACUGACGAACAAGACCUUGGAGACUCCCCACGAACCGUACGUCACCAUGGACGAUCGCUUUUGGACGCCCUACGUUGAAAUGCUUCUGCGUUACGGAAUCGCAACAAGGCACUCGGAAGACCACACUAAAAUACGUCUGGAGAGUUUUUACUGAAAUCUAUCAAGUGCACUGAGUGUGCACACUGUGUGUGUGUUUCAGAGAUGUCGGAGCGUGCUGAGAGCUUGCUGAAUGACAACAGGGUCACUUCAACACCUUGCAUCCAUGUCCAGCAAACUUAGUGCUUUGUAUUAUACUAAGAUAUUUCAUAUAUGUAUUAAAUUAUUACUUUUUGAAGCACCUUAUUAUCAAGAAUAUGUUUUUAUACCCUCACUUAAUGACGUGCCGUCUAAACAAAAAUUCCGUUUGGGAUGAUUAAGUUAACACCCAGUGGAAUAGUUCAUUUUAGUACUACAUAGUAGUCACUGUCGACAAGAAAACGUUCAGUUCCAGAGGAGUUUUGACUAGAUUUAGCUGGAAGUAAGGGAUAGGAUAAGGAUAAGAACACAGAAGAUAUGAUUAAGUGCUUAAGAUAAUACCCCCAAAUCUUUUAAGUAUUAAAGUAUU